UGGAUAAUAUGAUAAAUUCUUCAAAAUUGAUAACAGGGACGGAUGAAAAUGAUCGAUGAUGGUCGAUCGUCUUGCAUCUCGCCGAAGCUUAAAAAGAAUGCAGCAGAUGAUUGCGUUUCAAGUGUAAAAAAGCAUCUCAUCUCAUGUUGGAUGAUGAAACAGAUAUAUGGUCCAAAGGAAGGUGCUGAGAAAGAGAUGGGAAUUGAGUUAUUUCUUUAGUUGCAAUAUAUUCACCAUCGCUUGAACAACUUUUCCUGUAGAGGUUAUCAAAAAUGCUCCUUGCUAGUGUAGAUCUUGCUUGUGGCGAUGAGAUUUUGACAAUUGGAGCAAUGAUUGAGAUGUAUUCUAGAGAAAAGCAAGCUUAAGCUGACCAAAAAGGGGCUAAUAUAUACGAGGCCUGGAAAGCAAAAGGGUUUCCAGGACUCGUAUAAAUCAUUAGAGAUCAGCUCCUUACCCUCAUGGACAGAGUUAUUCGUCAUCAAGGUCACGGGGAGCACACACUCACAUUACAGAGACAAGCGUUUUUUAGGUGUGAUGCUUGUUGGGAGGAGACUAAUGAUUAUUCCUAUGUAUGCUUGACGUGUGAUUUUUGGAUCCAUAAGAAGUGUGCUUUCACUCCUCCCAUCAUUCCAGCUCCUGCGUAUCACCACCAUCCUCUCACUCUUAUCUUCUGUAUUCCUGACAUGCUUCGCUAUUUCAGUCGAUACUGUCCCAUCUGCAAGGAACGAGUUCAAGCCUUCUGCUGGUCUUAUUACUGUCACAAAUGCACAUUUUUUGUGCAUUUGAAAUGUUCAACAACCACAGUGUCUUUAAUAGAUGAGACUGAAGAUAACGACAUUGGUGACAAUGAAGCUGAUUUGGUACAGUUUCCUCUGCCCGACGACGAAUCACUACUUGAUUUGAUUAUCACCCAGUGUAGCAAGUUCCUAGUUGAAACUCAGGGUGAGGGUGACAACCGUAGUGAUCCACAUAUUAUUGAUCACUGGACUCACCCGAACCAUCCAUUGGCACUGCACCAGUUUACUGUCGGUGUGGAUGAUGAUGAUAUAAGAGUGUUGAUAUGCGAUGCGUGUGUUCAACCCAUAUCAAUUAGGCGUCCAAGUUACUAUGCGUGCACUGAAUGUGGUUACUUCCUCCACUCCUUCUGUGCCAAUAAGUUGCCAGCUAACUUGCCUGUCGGAGCCUCUCCAUUUCACCCCCGCCAUUCACUCGUUCUUACCCGACAGUAUAAAUUCUUUAGUUUUGUGACAUGUGGAAUUUGCAGAUACCAUACGAACGGGCUCUAUUAUCGUUGUAAGACUUGUAAUAUCAGAUUCGACAUACGUUGUGUAUUCUUGCCCACCAGGAUUCGACAUAAGUCUCACAAACACCACUCCCUUGUUCAGUCUCGGCCCUUGGAUACAAAAUGUGAUGCAAGUGAGAUUAAAUUUGAUGGAAUAAGAUAUGCAUGUGAAACUUGCAGUCGCUUCCAGAUCAGUGUAACAUGUGCAUUUUAUCCCAGUAGGAUGAAACACAGAUACGAGGAUCACUCCCUAAUCUUGAGACAUCCUCCAUUCGUCUACGAAGGAGUAUUCUACUGUCAAAUAUGCGAAGAACAAGUUAAUAAUCAGUGGUGGCUUUAUCACUGCGACGAAUGCAACCAGUCUUUCCACUAUAACUGCGUCCGUUGGACUGAAAGCGUCAAGGUAGGAAGAAGAAUUAAACAUAGUUUUCGCAAUCAAGAACACACACUGACGUUGGUUUUAAAGAAUGCCCGACGAAGGAAUUCUCCGCCCUACUUGUGUGGCAUUUGUGGACAAGGCCACACGUUACAGUAUUUUUUUGAAUGUGAAGGAUGCGGAUAUCUUGCAUGCAUAUUCUGUAUUAGAAGAGUCAGGGCCGUUUGGGAUUUUUUUGAGGUCCUGUGCUGACUUUAAAAAUGAGACCUUUCCAAACGACAAAACAAAAUUUUAAUAUAUUUAAAAUAGCAAGAUAUCAUAAACAAAAUUAGACUAAUACAACUGAAAAUUUGUUUU